UUUCAGGUGAUCGGCGCCCUUGUCCUCGCAGUUGGGAUUUAUGCAGAAGUUGAAAGACAGAAGUACAAAACUCUAGAAAGUGCCUUUCUAGCACCAGCGAUUAUUUUGAUACUUUUGGGCAUUAUAAUGUUCCUCGUAUCUUUUGUGGGUGUGCUGGCUUCUUUAAGAGAUAAUUUAUGCCUUCUUCAAGCAUUCAUGUACAUUCUUGGUAUCUGCUUGCUGAUUGAGCUGACUGGUGGAGUGGUGGCCCUGAUCUUCAGGAACCAGACAAUCAACUUUUUGAAUGAUAACAUUAGAAGAGGAAUUGAGAAUUACUACGAUGAUUUGGACUUCAAGAACAUCAUGGAUUCUGUUCAAAAGCAGUUUAAGUGCUGUGGCGGGGAGGAUUACAGAGACUGGUCCCAAAACGUGUACCACAACUGCGCGGCGCCGGGACCGCUGGCCUGCGGGGUGCCCUACACGUGCUGCGUCACAAAUAAGACAGACAUUGUCAACACGAUGUGCGGAUACAAAACCAUUGACAAAGAGCGUUUGAGCGUUCAGCAUGUUAUAUACGUCCGCGGAUGCACCAAUGCCGUGCUUAUUUGGUUUUUGGACAACUACAGCAUCAUGGCUGGCGUGCUGCUCGGCAUAUUGCUACCCCAGUUCCUGGGAGUGUUGUUAUCCUUGCUUUACAUAACUCGGGUGGAAGAUAUCAUCACCGAGCACAAGCUGAGCGAAAGACUCUUCGAAGAACAGAGAUCUGCCCCCGAGUUCGCCGGAGCCGGCUGCUGCAUGUGUUACCCGGGGUGA